AUGUCGAAUCCUCUUCCGUCAGUGCCUCCUACGACUCAGCCGCCGGCUGUCGCCAUCCCCAUUCAGGGCUCAUCCAGUGUCUGGGAUCGUAUAUCCUCUUGGGUAUCAGAGAACAAGGCUGUUGUCUACACGAUUGCCGGGGUUGCUGUGGUCGUUACUGGUGCCGGUGCUGUUUACUACCUCAACUCAGACUCGAAGCCUCAAGACUCUGCUCACAAGCUCAGUAAGAAAGAGCGCCGCAAGCGUAAGGAAGCUGAGCGCAAGGCCACGACCGAGACCACCGAGAAAGCCCCCAAGUCUGCACAACCCCAGGCCGCCACGGCCUCGAGUGAAUCGGAGCUCCCUGAAAUUGACGAGACGUCGGCUCAGAGCCUGACUCAGGAGCAGCGCGACGAGUAUGCGGCUAAGCUCAAGGCUGCCGGUAACAAGGCCUACGGCGACAAGUCGUACAACAAGGCCAUUGACCUGUACAGCAAGGCCAUACUGUGCAAGCCCGAUCCCGUUUUCUACUCGAACCGUGCCGCCUGCCACAGCGCCUUGAGCGAGUGGGACAGUGUCAUCGAGGACACGACGGCCGCCAUCGCCAUGGACCCCGAGUAUAUUAAGGCCAUCAACCGCCGCGCCGCCGCCUAUGAGCACCAGAAGAAGUACUCGGAGGCUCUGCUCGACUUCACAGCCUCGUGCAUCAUUGACAACUUCAAGAAUGACUCGACCGCCCAGGCUGUCGAGAGGCUCCUCAAGGCUUUUGCUGAGGAGAAGGCCAAGGAGAUGCUGAGCUCGCGCCCCCCCAAGAUGCCCAGCCCCAUCUUUGUCGGCAACUACCUGCACAGCUUCCGCGAGAAGGAGCGCCCGGCCGGCCUCGAGGACUCGGUUGAGCUCUCGCUCGAGACGGGAAAGGGCCAGCUCCAGCUGGGUCUACAGGGCCUGGAGAAGGGCACUGGCGACGGGUACGAGCAGGCUCGCGUAGCCUUUGAGAAGGCCAUUGAGCUGGGUGACCUGGGAGAGACCGAGGCCCUGGCUUAUAACAUGCGCGGCACGGUCCGUACGCUGCUGGGCAACCACGCCGAUGCGCUGAGCGACUUCAACCGAAGCAUCGAACUGGACCCGUCCAUGACGCAGACGUACAUCAAGCGCGCUAGCAUCGCUCUCGAGCAGGGCGACCCGGUGACGGCCGAUGCCGAGUUCGUGCGCGCCCUCGAGCAGGACCAGGACGACCCAGAUAUCUACUACCACCGCGCCCAGGCCCACUUCAUCAAGGGCGACCUGUCGAGCGCGCAGAAGGACUACCAAAAGUCCAUCGACCUCGACAAGGACUUCAUAUUCUCCCACAUCCAGCUCGGUGUCACCCAGUACAAGAUGGGCUCCAUUGCCUCGUCCAUGGCCACCUUCCGUCGCUGCAUCAAGAACUUCCCCAAGGUUCCUGACGUCUACAACUACUAUGGCGAGCUCCUCCUCGACCAGUCCAACUUCGCCGAGGCCGUCGAGAAAUUUGACACGGCCAUGGAGAUGGAGAAGCAGACCAAGCCCAUGUCGAUGAAUGUCCUGCCUCUCAUUAAUAAGGCCCUUGCCCUCUUCCAGUGGAAGCAGGACUUCAAGGAGGCCGAGAACCUCUGCAAGAAGGCCCUGAUCAUCGACCCCGAGUGCGAUAUUGCCGUCGCCACCAUGGCCCAGCUCCUCCUCCAGCAGAACAACGUGCCCGGAGCUCUCAAGUACUUUGAGCGUGCCGCCGAACUUGCCCGUACGGAGGGUGAGAUCGUCAAUGCCCUCUCCUACGCCGAGGCCACCCGCACACAGGUCCAAGUCACUGAGAAGUACCCCAAGCUCGCUAGUAAGCUCGCAGGCGGUAUGGGAGGCCCCCCUGGAUUCCGCGUUCCCAGUCAAUAA